GCCAACCGUGACAGACCGUAAAGAAAUUUCACUCCGCGUGUAUACGACGCCACGACAUUUCUAUUUUAGAACUUGGAUAUAGAUCCUCCAAUACUACAAAAGACACCUCACAGGACCAACGUUUUAAUAAUAUGGGAAAAGAAAAUAUAGGUUUUUUCACUGCUUGGAUACUUUUGGGAAAAAUCUUUGCCAGUUUUUGUUCGGACCCUGAACUCACCACCAACGCAGUUUUUGUGAACAACAGCAUCACCCCCACCUCCCCGCCCGCCACCACCGCCGAAUGGCUCACCGACUACACAGACAUUGUGUCCAAGUUCUCCCUGCGUACAGCCGACAUUCCAGAUGACGACAUGUGCUACAUUGUGGCCGGGAGGCCCGACACCAUCCAUGAGUGCGAGUUCAAAGCGCAGAUGCAGACGUUUGUCAUCAUCCACGGCUGGACGGUAACAGGCAUGUUUGAGAGCUGGGUGCCCAAGUUGGUGUCGGCCCUGUACGAGCGUGUGCCCAACGCUAACGUGAUUGUGGUGGACUGGUUGACCCGUGCCAACCAGCACUACUCGACCUCUGCCGCCUACACCAAACUGGUGGGACGAGACGUGGCCAAGUUUGUCACCUGGAUACAAAAAGAACUGCAGCUGCCAUGGGACAGGAUCCACCUGCUGGGUUACAGUCUCGGGGCGCACGUGGCCGGGAUUGCCGGGGACCUCACCGACCACAAGAUCAGCAGGAUCACAGGACUGGAUCCCGCCGGUCCCACAUUUGAGCAUGCCGACGACCAAAACGUACUGUCUAGAGACGACGCCCAGUUUGUGGAUGUCCUGCAUACUAACACUCGAGGCUCGCCGGGCCGCAGUAUCGGCAUCCAGAAACCCGUCGGCCACAUUGACAUCUACCCCAACGGAGGCACCUUCCAACCGGGCUGCGACAUCCAGAACACCCUGAGGGGGAUUGCGCUGGAAGGCAUCAAGGGCCUGCAAAACAUGGACCAACUGGUCAAGUGCUCCCACGAGCGCUCCAUCCACCUGUUCAUUGACUCGCUGCUCAACACGCAGCAGCAGAGCAUGGCCUUCCGUUGCAACUCGCGCGAGGCUUUCAACAAGGGCUUGUGCCUCAGCUGCCGCAAGAACCGCUGCAACAAGAUCGGCUAUAACAUCAACAAGAUCCGCAUGACGCGUAGUGCCACGAUGUAUCUCAAGACUCGGGAAAUGAUGCCAUACAAAGUUUUCCACUACCAAGUGAAGAUACACCUUUUCAGCCAGGAAAGCCUGACUUUCAAUCAACAGCCCAUAAAGAUUUCCCUGUAUGGAACCCACGGAGAGAAAGAAGACAUCCCCUUUGUGCUGCCUGUCAUGAACGGCAACAGCACGCUGUCCUUCCUGAUCACCACCGACGUGGACAUUGGCGACUUGAUGAUCGUCAAGCUGCGCUGGGAGAAGGACGCCAUCAUCAGCUGGUCGGACUGGUGGGGCAACAGCAAGUUUAACAUCCGAAAGUUACGAAUCAAGUCGGGGGAGACCCAGUCUAAGGUGAUCUUCAGUGCAAAGGAAGGGGAGUUCACCGAUCUGGUCCGAGGAGGAGAAGAUGCCGUCUUUGUCAAGUCCAAAGAAGACAACAGGAGUCGUAAAGAGAAGCUGAUGCACAAGUUGAAGAUGCAGGGCAGUCUGUUUGGUCAGAUUGAUGCUUGAAGAUGCAGUUGAACACACACACACACACACACACACACACACACACACACACACACACACACACACACACACACACGUCAUCCUGCACCUCAUCAAGCUGAACGUGCACAGCCAAAGAAGGACAAAACUUGCAUGGGAAUUGGCAAUUUUACCGUAUGCAAGAUGACUGUGGACCUUGAAAAAAAAAUGUUACAUGAGUGAUGAUGUGCUCACAUUUUAAAUUUAUACACGUUCUUUUCUCAAUCAUUUGUCUACGCUUUUACCGUUUCUUUUAUACACUUACUGUGCCUGUAUGAGCUUUGAUGAUUUGAGUGAUUCAAGGUGACCAGGCAUAAUUUAGGCACGUUUGUUGUGUUUGUCCUAAAAAAAAAAAAAAAAUUAUUUUGUCUCUUUGCCUAACUACUAACCGCCAACAAUCGACAGGGACCAAAGAGUUAUUGACUAUCUACUGAAUCACAUAUAAAUGACAUUGAAAAAAGUUUGAUAUUUGGAAUUCUGAAUAGUAUUCAUUUGAUUCGUUUUGGUUAUUAUAUCACAGGUCACUUUAAAACAUCCUUGUCUUCUUCCUUGCAGAUUUUUUUAUUUUAUUAUUUUGCUCAGUCUGAGAUUGCAGCCUUACUUUCAAAGGCAACACAUGUUACAUGAUUGCUGCAAAUAAAAAUAAACACGCAAGCCGCUGGAGUUUGUGAUGGACCAUAAUACAUCUCAAGAAUACACCAUAUUGUAUUUAUUGAAUGUACAUUUAUAUAUUUGUAUAUUAAGCUGUAAUAUAUUUUGUCAUGCUUUCGUUGUUUGUAUUUUUAUAAGAAGCCCUUCCGUGAUUAUUCUCUAAUGUGCCAGCUAUUUGAAUGAGGGGUCAGACGGUUCUCCAUUUCUGCUGUUGAGCCCAUUUAUCAACUGAUUUGCAGUGCACUGUAUUAAGAAAGAGCCCGAGGUGGUUUAAUAAAGAUGAAAAAUGA